AAAUCAAUUUUCCUUGUGUCUUCUUGCAAACUUUCACAUCUACUUAAUACUAUCACUAUUACUAAUUAGUAUUAAGAUUACCCAAAAAAACUCUCACUUAAUCAUUAAACAAUCUUAACAAAGUUCAAUAAUGACAAUACUUGGGAGAGUAGAGCAUUAUAUUAAUUUCCCACUUUCCAACCAAUAAAUUACUACUAUUAAUUACAUAAAUUUAUUAGGGGUACCUUCUUGCUACUCAAUACUAUAUUUUAAUUAUUGUGUUUCCUCAACCUCAAGCCCAACAAAUUACAAAACCAAAUAUUUUACUAAUUGUCGUUUUAAACAUUAGAGCUUUAUUCUUUUAAUACGUAUUUACCUCUCUUUUUUCACCUUUAAGGCUUUUUAUCAAACGAGUGGCACGCAUAGCAUUGCCAAUUGGCAAAUCAAGAAACUUUUUUUUUUGGCUCCUUGGCUUUUUUAAUCUUCAACUUUUCUGGGUAUUGACGAGGAAUUGAAAAGAAGAAGAAGAAGAAGAAGAGGAAAAUGGAUGGAGCAGAGAUGGAGUUAGAGAGGAGAAGCAAGUUCUUAAACAGUUUGAUCCAAAAGAAGAAAGCUAUAGAACAACAAGAGCAAAAUGAACGUCUCAAUGUUAAAGUCAGAGCUUCUGAUAUGCCUUUAGCUCUUCAAAACAAGGCUUUUAAAUGUGCCCGAGACCAGCUUGACUAUAUGCCUGGAAAGCUUGAUAGUAAACGCCUAGCUCUUGCCCUUAAGAAGGAAUUCGACUCAACAUAUGGUCCUGCUUGGCACUGCAUCGUGGGAACUAGCUUCGGCUCAUACGUGACACAUUCGCUAGGAGGUUUCUUGUAUUUUUCAAUUGACAAGGUUUACAUCCUUCUCUUCAAGACUGCUGUUGAGCCUUUAGACCAUUGAUGAUUUCAAACAGAUUUGUGUUGUACACAUUUCUUGUGUUGGUAACAAAUUUACAAGUUUCCAUUUUAAAGUUACAUGUAAAACUACACAGUGCAAAAACUGAUGAACAUGUGUAUUGUUGAUUCUUCAAUAUUCAUGUUGUAUUUGCAAAGUACCAAAAGUAUAAAUGAAUGAUAGGUUGUCAAUUUGACGCUCUUACAGAGUGCAGAGAA